UUUGAAUAAACGAAUUCAAAGAUUCAGUCAUUUGUUGCCAAAACAAAGAUUUAGAAUACAUUUCAAUUAAAAAAAAAAAGGAAUGUAAACCAAAAUGGCCUAAAAUGUAUUAAAAAAAAAAGAUUACGGGAUAAUUAAUCUAUGAAAUAGUCACCUGCCCAAGAAAUUAUUGUAUAUACGUUGACUGUUGUCCAAAAGAUAAGAUAAAUUCGAAACUGACUUGUUAUUCAACUCUCUCAUUAGUGUCACUAUAACGGUCACCGGAAAAUCAUGGCAAAGUCGUCGCCUGCAAAUACUCCGGCCACUACGUUAGAGGAUUAUGCUCACAGUCCCGUCCACUACGCCGUCGUUGUAGGAGAUCAUGUUAGUUUGACUCGUCUAGUCUCGUCGUUGCCUAAACUAACCGAACCGGAACAAAUCCACACUGAGUCCGACUCAGCAAGCCAAGAGCGAGUCGCGGAGCAAAUCUCCGCCGUCCUCGACCGCCGUGACGUUCCCUUACGAGAGACGCCUCUCCAUUUAGCGGUGCGUCUCGGAGACGUUUUCGCGGUGAAGACGAUUGCUUCCGCCGGAGCUGAUAUCACGCUCCAAAACGCCGCCGGGUGGAAUGCUCUGCACGAGGCAUUGUGUCGUCGGAACUCAGAGAUCACAGAAGAGAUUCUCCGGAACCACCACCGCUCGGCGUGGUGCAAAUGGAGACGGAGGCUUCCUCAUCUGAUCUCCGUGCUUCGCCGCAUGAGAGAUUUCUACAUGGAGAUAUCGUUUCACUUCGAGAGCUCCGUGAUCCCAUUCGUCGGAAAAAUCGCUCCUUCCGACACCUACAAGAUCUGGAAACGCGGCGGAGACUUACGAGCCGAUACUUCUUUAGCCGGAUUCGACGGUUUCAAGAUCCGACGCGCGAACCAGAGCUUUCUCUUUCUCAGUGAUGGAGACGAGUUUCUUGAUGUCGCUCCUGGUACGUUGCUUGUGUUGAACAGAGACGACAAGACGAUCUUGAACGCUUUCGAAAACGCUAAAGAUCCUAUUAGCGACAAGGACAUCGCUGGCUUUUGCGCUCAGUCUAGCUUGUACCGUCCUGGGAUGGAUGUUACUAAAGCUGAGCUCGUCAAGAUCACGAAUUGGCGAAGGCAAGAGAAGAUUGAAACCGUUGGAGAAUGGAAAGCGAAAGCUUACGAUGUCGAAAACGUUAGUUUCAGUUUCAAAUCGAGGAAAGUGGAAACAGAGCAGAGGCGGUGUAUUAACGCUGAGGGUAAAGAGUUUCAGCCGCGGUCACCGAGGAGAAGGUCAGUUUCUUUACCGGAAGUGGCUAUUCCGGUGGCUUCUUCUGUGGCAAGGAUCAAAGAGAAAGAGUUUGUCAAGAGUCUGAGUCCAUCGGUUUGGUUAACGGAUCAGUUUCCUUUGAAAACAGAGGAGCUGCUUCCGUUGCUUGAUAUUUUAGCAAACCAUGUCAAAGCUGUCAGGAGAAUGCGAGAGCUGCUUACUGCCAAGUUCCCGCCGGGAACUUUUCCGGUCAAGUUGUCCAUACCGGUGAUCCCAACAGUGAAGGUAGUCAUGACAUUCACCAAGUUCGUGCCUCUUCAGCCGCUGGAUGAGUUCUACACACCACUCUCAAGUCCAAAACAUCUUUCAGCUGCAAUGGAAGACCAUCAACACGACGUGGAAGGUGACGACAAAUCCGAGAGAAAAAUCUCAACUUCACAGCCAUCGUUUUCAACGCCUUCUUGGUUGAGACUUAACAUCAGUACCGGCGGCAAGAGCUCACGGCGGCGUUUGGAGGUAGAGGAACAAAUGGUGGAUCCAUUCAUUAUACCAACGGGAUAUAAGUGGACUAGCAACUCUGAUAAAUCAGGUAAAAAAUUAACACUAUCUUGUGGAUGUGCUAAAGUAAUUUUUCCAAAUAAAUAAAUAUCUUGGGACCAUGAUAUGUACUAUAUCUAGUGGUUUU